CGCUUAUCCCAUCAAGGAGAAUCGCACUGCGGCCGCCGCGCGUGGGACGUGUGCCGGGCACGGCACACCCCACCCCGAAACCCAUGGAUGAUGUUCUACAGAAGCUGAGAUAAAUUGUCCCUGCUCCUUGGGCUUGAGUCACUACCUGCCCAAUGCACCUUACGUGUCCAGAUGCACUUAAAUGCAUGUUGUGCUGCAGCACAAGGAAAAUAUAAAUUCUGCAUGGAUGUUGUGAAGAUGUAGACAUGGUGUUUUGGACACUGUAAUUUCUUCUGGGAAAAGAAAUCGCGGCUUUAAUUGUUUAAAAACUUGUGGCUGAGCCAGUGUAAAUUCAUGCUUCCACACGGGACGGGCUGAUCAGUCGUAUUGCCAUCGGCUGCAGCAUGACAUGUAUUUCCUUAUAAGCACUAGCCGACUGAAUGAGCAAGUGGUUGAUAAAAUAGUUCUUCAGCUCAACAGAGUCUAUCCCCAAAUUCUUACCAAUGAAGAAGCAGAAAAGUUCAGGAACCCAAAAGCAUCACUCCAUACCAGGCUCUCAGAUCUGCUAAAACACCUCCAAAAGAAAGGAGACAGACACUGUCAGGAGUUUUACAGGGCUCUGCAGAUCAAUGCUGAACAGCUGUUUAAUGACCUGCCAAGCAGGAAAAUCUUGAAAACCCCAGAUCCCACAGAGAUAGACACUGACAAGGAGCAAUAUAUGCUAAAUGACAGGGGCCCGGUGUUUUUCCUGGCGUGUUUCAGCGUGGCUGCAGGGCUGGCCCUUUUCUGGUACUGCUGUAACUCAGGGAAGUUGUCCUGGCUGGGUUGUAUGUGGUUCCAUGCCAAGGGUGGAGACCCUCCUGGUGAGCACUGUGGCUGCCAUGCUGUAGGCAGGAAUUGUCCAGGAGCUGAGCAGGUACUGGCCUGAGCCAUGGAAAUGUUCAAGGCUGAGUACAGGAUCAUCUGUGUGCAGAGAGCUGGGAAGCAAAGUGAUAGAUCCUACAAAGAAUUUGCACAAUUCUCUUUAAAGCCAGACUGCUAUUUAAAGGACUUGGUGAAGGAUGAUGUGCCUGAUGAGCUGGAAUGGGAAUGAAGUGAUGAUUCAUUCUGGGAUGCACUGGGCUGCUUUACAGCUGCUGGAUGGAGUUUGCAGUUACAAGUGCCUUUGCCAAGACAAAGUUAUUCCUUUUGUUUCUUUCAAUUGUUGUUAUUUUUCUCAUAUUGUAAUAAAUUGAAAACAUACUCGAUCAAAAUGUGCCAUUGUGGAUGCUUUUCCCUGCACAGAUGUUACUCCUUGUUAUGCCAUGCCUUGGCUGUGCUGGCAAGAAUCAGUUUGCUGCACUUCAGAGGGCCUGUGUCCUGUAUUCAUUUCUCUGGAUGUACCUCCUUUAGGAAUUAAUGUAUUUCUUUUUUUAAUGGGGUGAAGCUGUCAAUUAAAUUGAAAUAAAAUCUGGGAGAAGAA